AGUGAGUAGUGUCGGAGCUGGGGACGACGCAGAUACUACUGGUAUCUUGGAAGCCCGAAAGCGUGACGAAGAAAGAGGGAUACUCGUUUGCUUCACCGAGGAAGUCGUGUCGCUGGAACGAUGAAGAAAGUAAAAUGGUUCAAAUCAAAACCCUCUGCAGACAAGAAAGAAGGCCAGCGUAAGAAAAGUGAGGAGCACGAUGAAUCUUCCGACCAAGUGGAGACCGCUCGCAAAUCGAUAGGCGAUGGGCCUUCCGACGUCGUGGACGCCAUGCCUGCAGGAGUCUUCGUCCCUGGGUCUACACAGAGGAGCCAAAACUGUGUGACUUCCUGCUUAAAAGCCUGUUGGUCCACUUUUGGAUCGCUGUGCAACAGCAGUUCUGCGUGGAAUGGAUCCAACAAAUCCCUGGUAGGAUUGCAAAGAAAAACUCAGUCGAUGCCGAAACCUACACCUACACCGACACCGACAUCUUCCGCCAACAUUCUGCCAAACCCUGGUGUGUCCCGCGACGGUGAGGAGUAUUCCAUGUGCAGACAGAAACGCGGUGUGGCCAUGAUCUUCAGCCAUGAGAACUUCGACUCUAGGGCAUACGACGACGAGCUACACCAACUUCCGGAUAGGAAGGGUACACAGAUCGACAGAGACGCACUCCGCCACACUUUCGAAGACCUUGGCUUCGAUGUCCGCUGUUUCGACGAUCUGUGUUAUUACCAAAUAAAUAACGAACUCAGAGGGGUGGCUCACCAGGACCACAGAAACUACGACUGCGUCGCAGUGGCGGUGCUUACCCACGGUGAGAGGGACGGAAAGCUGCAUGCCAAAGACCGGGACUACUACGUCAGCGAGCUGUGGGAGCCGUUCACAGCCAGGCAGUGCCCCACUCUCGCCGGGAAGCCAAAGCUCUUCUUUAUACAGGCGUGCAAAGGAGAUGGCCUCGACCAGGGCGUCAACGUCAGCAGCACUCUACGAGAUGUCGCGGACAGUUCACCUGUGGCAUUCAGCUACCCAGUGCCUUCUUAUGCCGAUAUCCUCGUCUCCUACUCGACAUUCGAAGGUUUGUACUCCUACCUCAACACAAAAAACGGUUCAUGGUACGUACAGACACUGUGCUCCCAUCUGACAGAGCACGGCAAAACCAUGGACCUCAUGUCGUUGCUCACUGAAGUGAAUCGCGUAGUGGGUCAGGAGUUCCGUGUCAAGAACAAGUCGGAGCCACGCCUGCAGGGCAUGGUGCAGGCUCCAUCCUUCACGUCGUCUCUAACGCGGCGCCUCCGCUUCCGGUAGGGUGGCCAUCCCAGCCGUCACUGCCCUCGACUCGCCGCAACAGAUGGAGUCUGUCAUAUCACGGAGGACAGUCUCCG